CGUCAUCACCGGUGUCUCUGCGGCUGAGUCUGUAGGUUUCGAGAAUCUGGAUUGAAGCGAAUCAAUCAGAACCAAAACCCUAAAAGCCGCGAUGCCGAAGAAGAUGGGAGUGAACACGAAGGCGGAGGUGGCCAGGGCUCGGAAGAGUGCCGUCGAAUCGGAGCGAAAGGAACGAGAGACUCGUGCGAAGGAGGAGGAAUACUGGCGCGACGCGGAGGGUCCGAAGUCGCGGGCGGCGAAGAAGAAGGAGGAAGAAGCGGAUAAGAGAGCGGAGGCAGCGGAGGAAGAGUACGAGCGGCUGGUGCUGGUUUCCAACACGAAUCGCGACGAUUCCGUGAUCGAAGCUCGAUCUGUGGAUGAUGCAAUCGCUCAGAUGAGCAUCGGUGACACCUCCUUGCCACCUGAUAGGCAUCCCGAGAGGCGCCUCAAGGCCUCCUUCAAGGCCUUUGAGGAAGCUGAGCUCCCCAAAUUGAAGGAAGAGAAACCUGGCCUCACUCACACUCAAUACAAAGACCUCAUCUGGAAGCUCUGGAAGAAAUCUCCUGACAAUCCUCUUAAUCAAAUUGCAGAAUGAGUGAGUUAUCAAUGGAAAGCAGAUUAAGCAUUCUUACAGAACAUUGCAUUCACUCCAAGUUCGUAUUUAGCUCAUAAAACUCAACAUCCUCAGAUAUUGUUGUAGAAGAGAGUGUGAAGAGUGAGAGUUGUUCCGUAAACCAGCUAAGUAGUGUCUUUUCAUGUGUCCUUACUCUGCUAUAUGUAUAUUAAUUGGAUCAUAAGAAUUAUCUACUUCCUGUGUCUUAUUUGGGCAUUAAUAAUAGCAAAUAUCCUGUUUGAGAGCCAUCAAUGAAUGGGAAACAUUAUGUGUGAAUAA